AUGACUCGCUUAUUAGCUAAGUUAACACCAAUUUGCCUUUUAAUAUGUACCUGCCCAACUUUUUCAAAUGCCAUAGGUCUCACUUUGGAAGAACAAGUGCAACAGUUGGGAGCAAACUACGGUAAGCUCAGGGAAUCCGUCGAAAGCAAAAAUGCUCAACUUGAGGCAAAAGUAAUUGAACUUGAGGCAAAAGUAAUUGAACUUGAGACUCAUGUUCAAAAACAGAAUAAAAUCAGGACUGUUCUGGAAACGAGAAUUACUCAACUGGAAACGCUGGUGGAACAGAAAGACCACGAAUACAUAACUCUAGUGGAAAGAAUUGUUCAGUUGGAACGUACCCAGUACGGUCGAGCAGGUGAAAAUUUUGUCGUCAAUGAUGGUGCAGUUACCCGUCAGUCAUCUGGAAGAAGCGGUAUCGCACGUACGUGUCGAGACGCUCACCUUGCUGACCCAUCCCUUUCUUCCGGCAACUACUGGAUCGAUCCGGAUGGACAAGGAGUUGGUGAUGCUCCGAUAUUUGUUUACUGCAAUAUGACAUCAGGAACAACAUCUAUCUCACACGACAGCGAAGCGCCCAUGGAUGUAGGCCAUUGUCUUGAUCCUGGAUGCUAUUACAGGGCUGUGAACUACAAUGCUAGCCUCCGACAAAUAUCAGCAUUGGCUGAGCUGUCUGCUGAAUGCCAUCAAUCUAUUCAAUACGAAUGCAACUUCGCGCCAUUCGAGUUUGAUGGCGUUCCAUAUGCGUGGUGGAACAACAAAGAUGGCGGCUCCGAAUACUUCUGGGCAGGCAGCAACGCCAGCGUACACACCUGUCAGUGCGGCAUUGAAGGUAACUGCUUCGAUGCUUUGCAAACAUGCAAUUGCGAUUCUGCAGCGCCCAUUCCACUAGAAGAUAAAGGAAUAAUUACAAGAAAAGACCUCCUGCCCAUCACAGCGCUAAAUUUUGGACGAACCCAACUUUCAGCUUCCUCCGGUGUUCACACGCUUGGUCCAUUUGAAUGCACAGGUCAAACAGACAUAUCAGGAACGCCUUCCUCGUGCCAAGACUUGUGGAGGGCUGGACACAGCUUGAACGGAUUAUAUUCAGUCAUGGGAACUGCAAUGGUGGAAAGCGUUUACUGCGACUUUGCGAAAUUGCCUAAUGAUGCAGGUUUCCAAAAGUGGAUUGGAUUUGUAGAUGUUAAAUCAUCCCCCACUUAUUUCUAUGUUCAAAGAGAAACUCGAGAAUACUAUCAAGUGGAUACUCCAAUUCCAUUCGAUGUUACAAAUCUUAACACUGGAAGAGCCAUGAACUUACAAUCCGGAAUAUUCACAGCACCUCGAACGGGGAUAUACUUUUUCACUUUCACCGGCGUUGUUAGCUUUCCAGGAACUUCUUCGGACGAAAGUUUCGUUUGUAUCCUUUACAAGAAUAACGAUUUUUCGAACGAUAUUGCCGCCUACAUCAACAACAGUGGGACUGAGAAUGAAUAUCAAAUGUUUUCCUUGCAAGCCACACUACCUUUGCAAACAGGAGAUCAAAUCUGGGUGGAAAUUUAUUCCAUGUCCCCCGGGGUUUUUCUGUACGGUUACCGUACUACACACUUCAGUGGAUGGCUUCUAGAAGAAAAUAUAUCACUAUAGUUGGAUGUUAUUUAG